CAAAACACGUUGUAUCGCUGUACGUAUAAAAGCGUCCAUCCGAUUGAUUUAGAUGUUCUGAGGAGUUUGGUUGUGUUUGUUUCCUAUGAAAGCUACAAUCUCGAGUGUAAUGCAUCCUCCUGAGAACUUUUAUCACCUGAUUCCCAGAGAGGAGGUGAAGAGUGAAAAAGCUCCCAGAUACAUGUCACAGUUCAGAGAGCAGGUUAAACAGGAGCAGAAGCUGAACAAAGCCUCCCACAGGACCAUGGGUCCAGCUAAAGUGGAAGUGUCUUCUCCAGAUAAAUUCCUGAAGAAACACUCCAAAGAACCCAAACUUCCUGAAAAGAAGCCGUUCUCGUACAGAGAGGUCCGGCCCAGGAAGCCGUCGAUCCCGGCCAAAACCGAGCAGCUGCUCGCGGGAGGACACGCCCAACGAGACUUUGUGAGAAGGAACGCAGUGGAGAACAUAAAGGCAGUUCCACGUAAACCCGAACCUGCUUCCGUACACACCAGACAUGGAGACAAGGAGCUGCUGGAGAACUCAGGCCUCGUCCCAAAGUAUAUCAAGAGAAUGGAUUACGGGAAAGUGCCGGAGUACCUGAAACAGAGGCAGGAGGAGUUGAGGAGAGCGCAGGAGGAGUAUGAUCGCUACGUGAAGAAGAAGAGGAAGGAGGAAGCCAUGAUGCAGCUCUCUGAAGAGGAACGACAGGAUAUACUGCACGGACUGAAGAAGAACUGGGAUGAGCUCAAUCAUCAGUACCAAGGCCUGUCUUUGUUCACGGACAUCAUUUCUAAGAAACAAAAAAAGGAAAGACUGGAGUCAGAAAUGAAGCAGCUGGAGAAAGACAUCGAGCUGAUCAAGAGACACAAAAUCAUCUACAUCACUAAAAACUAAUGCCGACACGUCACUGACACGUCACUGACACACUACACGCUACACUGAAUUCACCUGCUCUCCUGCAUGUGCUGUAAGACCUGUCUGCAUUACAUCUUCACACUGCAGGUGUAAACACAUCGUCUGAAAUAAACAUGCAGGGCUUGAAAUGA